GGCAGGGUAUGGAAACAAACACACGAGAAGCUUCUUUUUUACUUUCGGUUUAUUCUCGGUCCGUCUGAAAACUGACUGAGUCGUAGAAAUAGAAUCGUCUUUAAACUCUGAAACCUGAAUAAAUGUGCUGUGAUAUAUAUUUUAAAUGAUUCGAAUUUAAAUCAGGCACAGGCACGAAGAGCUGAAGGACCAUCGGUGCCUGGUGAUUUUGACGCUCGGCGGAGAAGGGCGGUUCCGGUCUAACGGAGGUUCCUACUUCCACAGAAGAAGGUUCGUGAUCAGCGGAAAGAGACUCAGGCAGUGUCCGCCUCACAGCUCGUGUUCUGAGGCAUAUAUGAAGUUUGAGUCGCUCCGGUUCUGAGUCGAGGACAUGGAUGGACACUCGAGUUCCGGACCCCUCACGGUGCUGCUGCUCGCCGCCCUCACGUGCUCCGCGCUGGGCCAAAGUAAACCGUUAUACUUCUCGGUCGGCGACUCCCUGGUCCUGACCCCUCCCAAGCACGGAACCGCCAUCUCCGGCGUCGUGUGGACCCACAACUCGAACCUGGUGGUGGAGUGGGUGAAUAAAGACCUGGAGUUCUUCAGGUCGUUUAAAGGACGGAGCAGCCUGGACGAGAGCACCGCACAACUGACCGUCAACGACACCAAGCAAAGCGACGGGGGAGAAUACAGGGUGGAGAUCAACAACGUGCAGCAGAGUCAAGUGUACACGGUUAUCGUGAUCAAGAAGGUGCCCAAGCCCUCGGUGGUGGUGAGGACCCUGACAUGCAGCCCCAAAUCCAGCAACUGUACCCUCACCUGUCAGGGAGACCCCGCCGGGACUGAGCCCGUCACCUACAGCUGGAGGAAGGUCGACCCAGAUGACCCAGAUGACCCAGCUCAGUGGGGGCCUGAGCAGCAGAGCAUGGACCUCCUCAUCAUCGAUGACGAGAAGACGAGGGGUGUAAAACAGUUCUUGUGCAGGAUGAAGAACCCAGUCAGCAAAGAGGAGAGCGACCAUCUUGAUAACCCAAUGUACCAGGAGGACACGGGAUCUUUCUCUCCAGGCGGGCUGGUUGCAGGUCUCUUCUUCUUGAUUCUUGCUGGGGUCUUGGCUGGACUUGGAGUUUGGAAGCGAGAAGCCAUCAAGAAAAGGUUCUGUGCAGGUCCAGAGACUGUAUCUUCAGAGGUGGUCAGGAGUUCUGAUUUAGCAGAAAGAGAGCCAUCUGUUCAUGAACCCCUGAAUGAAAAUCCAAACCAAGGCGAGGAUUUGCCCCAAAAACAAUUGACCUCUUCCUGAAGUCGUGCCCCAGCCCUCCUCUAAGCUAAUGAAGCUCCAGCAUCACAUCUGGUCUCCGGUGCCAUAAACAACUUGACUGUUCAUCCCUGAAUUCUUCCUGCUGCAGAGGACUUUUCAGUUUUUUAUAUGAAACCACAACAGUAGAGCUGAGGGCAGAAGCUAAGAAAUUUCAUAAUCUGACUAUUUUUUUUAAGCAACCACCUGUGUACAGGCUGUACCUAUAUGAGAUGGGUAAGAAAAAUAAUUCAUGAACUGCCCCGUCUCAAUUCAUAGUAUGACAGUGGUGGAAGAAAUGAUGCAUUUUUUAAAACCAAAGUAGUAAAAACAACCGUUUAGAAAUAUUGUUUAACUAUUAUAUGUAAAGUCAGGGAAUCAAAAUGAAGUUGAGCUGCUUUCAGACCUUCACUAAACUGAUAAUCAGAUGAAAUGUUCUGGAAGUUCUGUAUGUGAGAACAGAUGCCUGAGCCAGUGUCUCCCUGCAGCCUCCGAGUAAAAUGUCUUCAAAAUUUAUUUGAUUUGAAAUGUUGAUGUGUGAGGUAGCGUACAUUUUAAUGACUUCACAUGCUUCAAUUUAGCCUGUGAAUUUAUAUCUUAGCAGACACGUUUCCAUGGACACCAAUAUUCUGACAUUAACCAGAAUAAGACAAUCUGAAUAAGGCACUGCAUGUAAAGGGCGUGUUCUGAUGAAUUGAACCUGAAUGAGAUCAUACUCAGACUAAUCAAUUAUCAAACUAAGACAUAUGGAUUAUUCUGACCUUAGUCUCAUUAUGUUUACGUGUUAAUCUCAUAAUGUCCCAUUGGACGUUUCACAGCAUUUUGUGUCAUCGACAUGCGACAGUUACCAACUGAUGACAACAUGUGUCCUGGAUUUGAGUGUAAACAAGAUUAAAAAACAGGAGUUGAAAGUUUGUUAAAAUCAGACAGAAAACUCUCAGAAGGGUAAAUGAGAGUAUCGUGUAUUAAAUAAUUCCAGUUUGGAGUUUUAAAAUUGUAGUGGGAAUGUCAGACGUAUGACAUAAUGGACGUAAUGUUGACAUGUGACAUCAUCAGUUUAAAAAGUCACCAGGAUUAUGAAUGGAAUAUUCUAUUAGCAACGUGUGUCAACAUUAUAUUCAUAUUAUUGUCUUACUCUGAAUAAGGCCAAUAGUCAAUGUAUUGUGUCCAUGUAAACGCAAGUACUAAUAUAAUAACUUCCUAAUUGAUUUGUUGAUGGAGUAAUCAGAGUAUGAUUGUGAUGGAAACUGGAAUGAGUACUUCAAAGUUGUCCUCCUGAGUUAAUGAUCUUAAUUACCUUCCACCGCUGCACAGCUAUGACUGAACCAUGUACACUCAAGGUGAAAAUAGUUCCUGGCUCAUUAUGUGCCAUCUUAUGUAUGUUGUUAACUAAUGUUUCUUCAUUUUAUCAAUUUUUAUCCGUCACUCGAGGCAGAAUAAUUGAAUGUAUUUUUAAAAACGCAGCCUGUCGUGAGUCAAUCAUUUUUUUGCUUAUUUUUCCAACAAUGUGCACGUACGGGGUCAAUGUGAAACAUUAAGACGCAUGUGUGUGAUUAAAUUCAACAACAAAAUCAUUAACUGAACUAUCACCAUGUUUUAUGCACUGGCUGCUUCUGUGUAUUUAAAGUUGAUCCCUGUUUGCUCUGAAAAACAACUUCCUCUCUUAACAAAAUGGAAAUAUGUUACGAAAACCUCUUUUGUACGUGUUAUUUAUAGUUUAUCACAUUUUAAAUGUUUGACGCUUUGGAGUUGUGUGCCUUGAAAUAAAAUUUAUUUUGUUGUGAUAGUA